GUCGGUGUUCAUCUCAAUCAUGGGCGGGAAGAAGAAGAGAUCGGCGAUCGCGGGUGCGGUGUCACCGGCCGCGUCGGGCAACAGCUCAACCGCCAGCGGUGGAAGCGGGAAUGCGGACGCCGGUACGGCGGAGCGCAGCGCGCCGCGGAGGAGACAGCAGCAGCAACAGCAGCAGCAGGGCGCGAUCCCGGGCAGGGACAGCAAAGCGAAAGCUCCGAAGACCUAUAGCUUCGCCAGCCCUGCUCAGGGAGACUCGGGAGGAGCGCUGGCCCACGAUAAGUCUGUCCUUAAAGUUAUUAUUCAAGCCGAUUUGGAGAAGAGGGUAAUCAAGCUGAUCAACGAAUACAGGCUGGAGAAUGGAGACAAGGGACCAGUUUCCAGAAGACUCACCGCUAAAAAACUUCUGGAUCUGUACACGGCCCUGCAGCGAUUCCACUUCAAGAGAGAGCACAUCGAGGAAGCCAUGAAAAGCAGCGUGUUGUACGGCGGGGAUCUGCAUUCUGCUCUCGACUGGCUUUGUUUGAACCUCCAGGACGAGGAACUUCCAGAAGGCUUCAGUCAAAAAAUGCAGGAGGAGAAACAAAACACGAAGCCAAAAUUUCAGCCUCCUCCUCCGAAACCGCAGACUCCCAAAGAGCCGGAGAAGCAGAAACCAAAGGAGGCCGCCGUGCAAAGCGAGAGCGCCACUGUGAAGGAGUGGAUCCUGAGAUACGCUGAGCAAUCCAGCGAGGACGAGGCCGAAGAGGACGGUGAAGAUUCAGCCAAGACCUCAGAACACGAAGAUAAAUUUGACCCAAACGACAGGUACUUGGUGCUCACAGCCCAGCUAUUCGACGCUAAAGAGCUGGCGGCCUCGGCAAAAGCGAAGAGGGACAGGGCCGCCCAGAAGACGGCGCAGGAUCGAAUCCGAGUCAUCCAGCAAGAGAUGAAGCCUUUGGAAUCACAUCCCAUGUUUAAUCCAGCGAUCAAAGUGACCGAUGCUCCGAAAGAAGAGAAGAAACCAACUCCUGUCGAGGAGGGAAAGGAAGACUUGAACAUCAAUCUCUUCGAGCGUGAAGAUCCACCUCCUGCAGAGAAAACGGAGAAGAAGAAUGAGCCCAAAGACAUCCGGAAUUUCGACUACACGGCCCGGAGCUGGACGGGCAAGUCUCCCAAGCAGUUCCUCAUCGACUGGUGCAGGAAAAACCUCCCGAAAAGCCCGCCGCCAUCCUUCCAAAAGGUGCCUGCCGGUCGGUACUGGAGAUCCAGAGUGCGCGUACAGAAGGCAGAUGACGUGUUGGAGGUUUGUCCCACCAUCCUUACUGAGGACGGCAUGCAGGCUCAACAUCUCGCGGCCACCUUGGCCCUGUACAACCUGGUUAAGGGACAGUCGGUGCACCAGCUUCUACCGCCCACCUAUCGCAGUGUGUGGCUGGAGUGGCGCGACAGCGAGCAGCAGGAGGAGGAGCAGAGUCGCACGGAGAUCAACAGGCCGCGGGACCAGUUCAUCGCACGGCUACUGAACCGCCUCAAGCUGGAGCAGCAGAAGAACCAGCCCUCUGGUCCCCAGCCGGGCCACGGCAGGGGAGGGGAGCCCGAGGAUUCCUGGGAGAGUCUGGCCUCCGCGGAGGACGAGCCCCCUGCGAAGGAGCCGACGCUGGAUCCGGCAAGGGAGGCGUCGCCCCGCGCCCUCCUGCUGCGGCAACGCAGCUCGCCUCUGGCACAGCGUCUCCUGCGGGAGCGUGAGCAGCUGCCCGUGUUCCAGCAUCGCGAGCGCCUCCUGGAGGUGGUGAGGAGGCACCGCGUCGUAGUCGUGGCUGGGGAGACCGGCAGCGGGAAGAGCACGCAGAUCCCUCAGUUCAUCCUGGAGGACCUGUUGGCCCAGGGCCCCGACGGGCAGUCCUGUAACAUCGUGGUGACCCAGCCUCGAAGGAUCUCUGCCAUGAGUCUGGCUGAGAGGGUGUCUCAGGAGCUGGGCUGCGAGGACGGGCCGGGGGCUAAGACGUCCUUGUGCGGGUACCAGAUGCGAAUGGAGACCCGGUCCGGAGCCUCCACUCGCCUGCUGUACUGCACCACCGGAGUUCUGCUCAGGAAGCUGCAGCAGGACAGGCUCUUGAGUUCCUUAACCCACGUCAUCGUCGAUGAGGUUCACGAGCGCAGCGUCCAGUCGGAUUUCCUCCUGAUCAUCCUGAGAGACCUCCUGCACAAACGCUCCGACCUCCGCUUGGUGCUCAUGAGCGCCACGGUCGACUGCGAGAAGUUUGCCGGCUAUUUCGACCGUUGCCCCGUGGUGAGGAUCCCAGGGAGGACCUUCCCCGUGGAGGUCUUCCAUCUGGAGGACGUGGUGGAGGAGACGGGUUACGUGCUGGAGCAGGACUCGGACUACAGCCAGCACUACCUGGAGGAGGAGGAGGAGGAGGUCAGCGUGAGCGUGACCGCGAAGGGAGGGAAGACUCAGACCUACCAGGAGUUUGUCGCGAGAGACUCGGGAGGGGGCUGGGGAGGCGGACUCGACCUAGACAACUACAGCAGUCGCACCCGCCAUGCAGUUCAGUACAUGAACCCCAACAAGAUCAACAUGGACCUCAUCCUAGAUCUCCUGAAUUACCUGGAUAAGUCCCCCCAGUUUGCAGGACUGGACGGUGCUGUUCUGGUCUUCCUGCCUGGACUUGCUCACAUUCAGCAGCUGUAUGACCUCCUGUCCUCAGACAAACGGUUCCGACUCAGAGAGAGGUACAAGGUGGUUGCCCUUCACUCCACAUUGUCCUCCCAGGAUCAGGCUGCUGCCUUCACCAUUCCUCCCGUUGGAAUACGCAAGAUUGUGUUGUCUACUAACAUCGCAGAAACAGGGGUCACAAUACCAGAUGUGGUAUUCGUCAUUGAUACUGGGAAGACGAAAGAGAACAGGUACCACGAGAGCAGUCAGAUGAGCUCCCUGGUGGAGACCUUUGUGAGCAAAGCCAGCGCCCUCCAGAGGCAGGGCCGGGCGGGACGAGUCAGGGAUGGCUUCUGUUUCCGCCUCUACGCUAAAUAUCGAUUUGAAGGCUUCAUAGACUAUUCUGUGCCAGAGAUACUGCGAGUUCCAUUGGAGGAGCUCUGCCUUCAUAUCAUGAAGUGCGACUACGGCCCCCCUGAGGACUUCCUUUCGCGGGCGCUGGACGCUCCGCAGCCGCAGGCCGUGAGCAACGCUGUGAGCCUGCUGAGGAAGAUAGGGGCGUGCCGGCCGGACGAGCCCACCCUCACCCCCCUGGGACACCAUCUGGCCACCCUGCCGGUCAACGUGAAGAUCGGCAAGAUGCUCAUCUUUGCCGCCAUCUUCGGCUGUCUGGAUCCUGUUGCCACUAUAGCAGCAGCGAUCUCGGAGAAGUCCCCGUUCGCAACCCCCAUGAACAGGAAGGAGGAAGCAAACUUGGCUAAAGCAGCUCUCGCCGUCGCCAGUUCUGACCACCUCACCAUCUACAACGCUUAUCUGGGGUGGAAGAACGUGCGCAGCGAGGGCGUGCGUGCGGAGAUGGCUUACUGCAGGAAACACUUCUUAAAUCGCAAUGCCCUCCUGACCAUCGAGGAAGUGAAGCGGGAGCUGAUGCGAAUGAUGGAGCAGGUUGGGUUUUCGUCUCCGAAGUCCAGGAAAGACCGCUGGGACCCAAAGCCCUCUGGCGGCCUGGCGGCGCAGGAGGUUCCCCUGCUGAACGCGGUGCUCACCGCCGGCCUGUACGACAGCGUGGGCCGGAUUCUCUACGUGCCCUCUGUGGACAUACUGGACAAGGCCGCCUGCACGGUGGAGACGGCGCAGGGCCGGGCCCAGGUGCACCCCUCCUCCGUGAACCGCAAGCUGCAGACGUACGGCUGGCUGCUCUUUCAGGAAAAGGUGAAGUAUUCCAAGGUGUACCUGCGAGACACCACGCUGAUCUCGCCCUUCCCCAUGCUGCUGUUUGGGGGGGACAUUGAUGUCCUGCAUCGCGAAAGGCUCAUUUCGCUGGACGGCUGGAUUCACUUCCAGGCUCCCGUGCGAAUAGGGGUCAUCUUCAAACACCUGCGGAAGCUCAUCGACUCGCUCCUGGAGAAGAAACUGGAGAACCCCAAGAUGAACCUAGAAGAUGAAAAGACGAUACAGAUAAUAAAAGAGCUGAUAAACACGGAGAAGACGGUUUCAUAGUGGAGUUCCUUGGAAGUAAUGAUGAAUAAAGGGAGAACAUUAACUGUGGAGCAACUCGGAGAACAAAAGCCUGUUUUUUCUCUCCCAGUUUCGUUCAUUUCUUCUGUGAGCUCAAUAAAGAUCGCUGAAUGAGAACACUGAACUUUGCUAAGGUAUCGUGAAAGUACUGCCUCUCUUGCCUGCUUGAUCUACAUGGUUGCUAUUGUCUUAAUGUUUUGCUAAACCGUGCAAAUUAUGUUUAAAAUCCACCCCUACCUCACUUCACAAACUGGAUCUUAUUUACAAAUGCAUUUUUUACCUGCAGUUAGGAGAAACCCCUUCUGAGCAGGAUUUAGUACCUUGCUUUGUUGACACAGAAGAACAAUUGAGCAGCAUGCCAGCGGUUAUUGUAGUUUUCAUGCAAAUUGUACUGGUUCAGCAACAGCUUAUGAUUCUCACAACGGACCAACACUAGGAGAACUGCCUUGUAGUAAAGUGUUUUUCUUGUUUGUUGGACUGGGUAUUGAUAUUGUAUAUCAAAGUACUUUUAUUUUUUUUUUGUACCACAACUCCCCUUUAUUUUAUCUUUUAUCAUUUAAAAUGGGUGACUUACAACAAGUCACCUACAGAAACAGUUGCCAGGAAUGUUUUGAACUAGUAAAUCUGGGGAAGAGUGUGAAUUAGUUAAAAGGUUUAGCGGAAAUACUUGAUCAGAAUCGUUUUAUCAUUGAAGUUUCUGAUGAAUAUUGAAACAUUUCACACCAUGAUUUUUCUGACAUUUUCAGUAAUAAAGGAUCUAAGGAGGUUUGUCUAUCGCUUCAUCUAAGUCACUGCAGUCAUGAGAAAUGAUGGCUAUUUGGUUUGAUUUUAAAACGCCGGUGCAGGAGGUUCUCUGAGGAGCGUUAGCACUCGGCCCUGUAGCCUGUGCAUUUUG